CAGGCCCUUAAGUUCGGACUAAGCCAAGAUGCCGCUGCUAUUCUUGGAGCGCUUCCCGUGGCCCAGCCUGCGCACUUACACGAGCCUGAGCGGCCUGCUGCUGGGCCUCAGCCUGAUAAGCGCUUAUCGGAGCCUGAGCGGGGAGGCGGCAGAACGGAGCAUGUCGGGAGGGGAGUUAGAGGGGGCACAGUUGUCAGCAGAGCCCGUGGACUUCGCUGAGCUGUUCCGGUACCUGGUUUCUGACAGCCUUGGGGUGUGGGUUCUAGUGAACACAGUGUGUUGCCUUUUGAUGCUGAUUGCUAAACUAAUUCAGUAUGUGGUUUUUGGUCCCCUCCGUGUUGGAGAGAGACAGCACUUGAAGGACAAGUUUUGGAACUUCAUCUUUUAUAAAUUUAUCUUCAUCUUUGGGGUACUGAAUGUUCAGACAGUAGAGGAAGUGGUCCUUUGGUUUUUGUGGUUUGCUGGAUUGCUUUUCCUUCAUCUCAUGGUGCAGCUCUGUAAGGAUCGAUUUGAAUACUUAUCUUUCUCUCCUACUACUCCAAUGAGUUGCCAUGUGCGUGUUUUAGUUCUGCUCAACAUUAUGCUUUUGGCCUGUUGCAGUCUUGCUGUGCUGUGUGCAGUUGCUGGAUACACACAUGGAAUGCACACUUUGGCUUUUAUGGCUGCUGAGUGCAUGUUGGUGACAACAAGAACCACUCAUGUUGUGUUACGCUAUGUCAUUCACCUUUGGGAUCUAAACCAUGAAGGAACAUGGGAGGGCAAAGGAACCUAUGUAUAUUACACAGAUUUUGUGAUGGAGCUCAGCCAUCUGUCCUUAGAUCUAAUGCAUCACAUUCACAUGCUGCUCUUUGGUAAUAUCUGGCUGUCCAUGGCAAGUCUUGUCAUCUUUAUGCAACUGCGCCACCUCUUUCAUGAGUUUCAGCGCCGAAUACGACGCCACAAAAACUACUUACGAGUUGUUGGCAACAUGGAAGCUCAUUUUGCAGUAGCAACUCCUGAGGAACUUGAAGCUAAUAGUGACGAUUGUGCUAUAUGUUGGGAUUCAAUGCAGUCUGCUAGGAAGCUUCCCUGUGGUCAUCUCUUCCACAACUCAUGCCUCCGAUCCUGGCUGGAGCAGGACACAUCAUGUCCGACUUGCAGGAUGUCACUGAACAUGUCUGAUGGCACCAGAACCCGUACAGAACAGCAGAGGGAUAAUAUAGACCAGAAUGUGAUACCACUGGCAGUAACUGAAGGACGACCACGUCUUAACCAUCAUAAUCACUUUUUCCAUUUUGAUGGUUCUCGAUUUGCUAGUUGGCUGCCAAGCUUCUCCGUGGAAGUCAUGCAUACAACAAACCUCCUUGGCCUAGCACAAGCAAGCAACUCUCAGCUGAAUGCUAUGGCCCGGCAAGUUCAAGAUAUGUUUCCACAAGUUCCAUAUCAUUUGGUUUUGCAAGAUCUGCAGCUCACACGUUCUGUUGAAAUUACCACUGAUAAUAUAUUGGAAGGACUUAUUCAAGUUCCUUUUCCCACACAGCGCCAAGAGGAUGUCACAUCUGCAGCAGAAAUGUCUCAAGAAGUCAAUGCACAAGAAGAAAGCAGUACUACCUCACAGACUGAGCGUGUAAAUUUGGAUUUGAGCCCAGGUCCUGAGGAAUUUGAGGAUUUCAGUGGAAUUGAGGCACAACUGAGUGAUGCAGAAGACUUUGAGGCUAGAGGGAGUAGAUUCUCCAAAUCUGCAGAAGAGAGGCAGCGAAUACUUGUCCAGAGGAAAGAAGAUAUGGUGCAGCUUGCACGGAGGCGAUUCUUAAACAGAACUUCAGAAGACAAUUCUGACUGUUCAUCAGAGAUGAGUUCAUACACAGACAGUUCUUCAGAUUCAACAACCAUGCGUAGGCGUAUGUUGGCUGCAGCUGCAGAACGUAGGAUUCAGAUGCAACAGACCCCACAGUAAUCCCAGCGUGCAUGGACACAACCUAACAUUGAGCCUUGUACAAUGUAUGCACAAAUUGACACUUACCUUGCUCCUUGUUCAUGAGCUGUACCAGCUCACAGAGAGAUUAAAUCUUUUAUAAUCUUUUUUUUUUUACGUGUGUGAUCCCUGCACACGGAUCAUUCUAACUAUUAUCUGAUUGGCACCCAAAUAAGAAGGAAUCGUCAGUAUUUUAGGCAGUGUUGGUGCUAGAAUUUUCAAGUAACACUUUUUUUUUCCUAUGAUUAGUUUUUUUUUUUCUUUUUGUUAAGAUAUUGAUUAACUGUAAUAAGAUUGUUCAGAGGAAGGGAAUAUGAUAAACAACGUUAAAUAAUUACACCAGACAGGGGGAACCUGUUUAUAUUAUAUUAGUAUAACAGUUGUAAGAAGUCAGACCCAUUUUAUAUCUAAUUGCUGGUGUCAUAAAACAAGAUUGCAUGACUAUUGUGUUGCUUUAUGAAAGAUGCUUUAAGAAAGUUUGGUGAUAAUACUAAUUUGGUAUGCCAAAAGGAAGUAUUAAACUGGUCUGUAAGAUAUUACACAACGCUGUAGCUUAAUAGUUAUUAAGAUCUGUAUGCAAUCUACCUGCCUAAGUAUCACAGUUUUUUUUUUAAAUUAUCUAAAAGCUUGAGUAAGGGAGGAGCUUCAUAUUAUGUGAUCUCCUCUGUGAAUAACAAGCACUAGAUUUAGAGCAGAAGUACUUCUGUCCUACUGGGUACAAUGGCUGUAAAUAGUAGGUAGAAACCGUUAACCCGGUGUACGAGAAGAAUAACUGAGGAAGUAACUGACUGAAACGCUACUUUUUCUGGUGGUUAUGCAAACAGUGAACAUUUUUCAUUUUAUAUAUAUAUAAUAGGUUAACAGGUUCAUUUCAAAAUCCUUUGCAAUGUGGACUUAAAACCUCUGCACUUUUGUUUGGUUUUAUGUCUGGUGAAAAAAAUAUGCAGGUUUGAAGGAAAAGUGUAAUGGAUCUAAGGUCAGUAAAUUUCAUAUGGAAUGUUAUAAAAGCCAAAUAUUGACUUUGGUUCAAGAAGCAGAAAAUAUCUUGUGUGUGCAAUGAGUGAGCUGGGAAACUUUUUUUUGUGUAUACUGUCAGGUCUAUUCAGAAUUCUGGUCACUGUACCUCACCUCUUUCUGCUAAGUUGUGGUUCGUACAGAAAAACAUUAUUUGCUCCAUUUUAUUGUAAUUUCUAUUUACAUGCUAUUAGGGAGUUGCAAAACCUUAAUAAACCUAAUUAAGAAUGUGCAGUAUCUCCCACAUUAAAAUGCGAAUGUAUUAUUCAUCACCAGUAGAAUCAGCAGUUACUGAAAAGUCUUCUAUCCCAUUGUGAUUAGAAUAUUAAUUUCAUACCUAUGCAUUCACUUUUUCUUUUCUGUUUUGUUCUUUUUUUUUUUUUAAAUUUAAUAACCUAGUAUGUAACUUGCUGCUAGGAUCAUCUCUCCACCUGCAUACUUAUGUUUUUUAUCGAAGUUUGGUGAGUUAUGGAUAUACCACAAUUACUUGUCAAUUUAAGUGAUAUAUAUCCAUCCAUUUACUCCCAACUGAUCAUUACAAAUAGCUCUUAUAUAGUUAUAUGGGUAUUUAACCCUUUUAAAUACUGACUAUGGGGACAAUAACACAUGCUGUACUUUGUAGGUCUAUUUGCUUUUCCCAUAGGAGAAAAUAGAAAACAAAACUAUACAAAACAAGCUUUACACAGUGCUUAAAGGCUAAAUGGGCUAAUCUAAGUGGGCACUGGUCUGUCCUUUGAUGUUGAUACUGUUGGUGAUGUCAAUCGCAAAGGAAAAAUAUAAAGUUGAGGAUAAUAACCUUUUCAUAUGGUUUUCCUUUUCUGAAUGCCUGCUGCACACACAACAGUGCUAUGGUACAAAAAGGUACACGUUACAUGUGUUGGUUCAUAGACCAAUCAUUUUCUGCAGUGUUACACAAACAAGCCAAAGUACUUCUGCUUUGUUAAAUAACAAACUGCACCUUGUUUAAAGAAGUUUAUAAUUAUAUUUUUACCCAAUUUGUUUAGGAGGUCGGUAAAGUGUCAUUGAGAAAACUUUUUUAAUGCUACUGUCAGCACGAAAUAAUUUUGCCUUGUGAGUUGGGCUACUGCGAUUGUUUUUUUUAUUUAAAAUAAAAGUUGGAUCAGUGUUAA